CACACACACACGCACGCACGCAUAUUGUCACAGUUACUUUUGGUGAACAUCUUUACAAGCACACACACUGGGUCUUGACUUCGGCGAGGAGGCUGGACAGAAACAAUACACCCGGAAAAACAAGAGUCGCCGGAAAAAAAACAAAUACAGAAACAAACAAACAAACAAACAUAAUAACUACCUCAAAGAAUUCACCAAACGAUAGCGCUUAUGUCUGCUCACUCUCAGAGCUAACCAGGUGGACUAUAUAACAUUUAACUCUGGAAGAACGGGCGGACUGGAUCCAUUCAUGUUUCGAACAACAACUCUAAGAAGUCGAACCACCUAAAUAUACAUAAAAAAAAAUGUCACAAGAAAAGUUUGAAAAGAUACACCUGAGUGUGGUUCUUGAAGAAGCAGCUAACCACCAAAUAAGCUUCUUGAACAAUGUUAACCAAUAUCCUGAACUUUACGAACCUGCUUUUCUAAAACGAACUCUUUACAGAUAUGAAAUACUUUGGUUGCCUCUAGCUUCCAAACAUGAUUUCAUUCCAGCUCCAUUGGAUAUUGAAUGGGUAUGGCACUGUCAUAUGCUGGCACCACUAGCAUAUGCAGAAGACUGUGACAGAAUAGUUGGUAAAUUAGUUAAUCAUGCUCUCUACUCAGAACAAGUUCGGCAAAACAAACUACAAAAAAGUAGAGAACUGUGGACAAAAGCUUACCCUAAUGAACCAUUUGAUAUUCCGCCCAAUUCUGAUGAUCCAUGCCCUGAAUAUAAAUCCCAACUAAGUUAUGAUAUUGUAGCUGCUGCUGCACGUCAAAGAGUUUUCCUUUACCAAGUUUCUCUACCUCACUAUACAGACUACAGGUUCCUCAAACAAGCUAUUAUACGAUACAAAAAAUACUUGCAUUUGAAACAGAAGAAUCCAGCCACCUUUCUGGUACCAUGCUACGAUAUUGACCUUAUUUGGCACAGUCACCAGCUCCACCCGAUCAGUUAUCAAAAAGACACAAAGAAAUUAUUCAACAGGGUCUUCAAUCAUGACGACACUGUCAAUGAUCGCAGUCCAAAUUCAAAAUUAAGCCUCUCAGAUAUUGAAACUAGAAAUCUUUGGAUCAAAACCUACAAUGAAACAUUUUCUAUGUACGGAGCAAUGUAUCGUGGGGAACCACCAGAGAGAAAACUUUAUAAAAUCACUAAGGAAAAUUUAUCUAGAAUAAGUGCAAAGCAUGCAAUGUUUGUUGUUGAAAAGGUGUCUAUACAGAAUAUUCCAGAAGAAGUAAGGAAAUUUAAUUUGGCUUUGAAACUUUUCCAGGGUUCAGAUUAUUUAUGUACUAAACAUCUCAAUGGACCUAAUAUUGAAUGGGAAGGAAAAGCCUUAAUGAAACAUGACAUUAGCACCCACAAAAAUUGCUAUCUAACUAUAACACUCUACAAAAAAGUUGGUUUGACCUGCUGUGGAAACAACGUUUCUCUUGGUACAACCAUGUUUGACUUUUGGAAGACAAUUCAUUUUGCCUCUGAAGGUCAGUCAUUUUCAGAAACAUUAUUACUUGAUGAAGCACCACAAAUUUCUGUUCAAAUAAAAGGAUACUUUACGAAUCCAGUCAGUACUGCCUGCAAUUUUACUGUUGAAGUUAGACCUUACAAAAAGUUUACACUGCCAACGCAGAUUGAACAGAUGUGGGGACCAGUUCCAUUACCUCACUUACCAAAUGAUGUCCAAAAUGUGUCUUUUGUUGGUGAACAUUUACUGCAUGAUACAAUGAAAAUUAAUCAGUUUACCUGCCGCAUUAUUCAUUGCACUCAACUGUUGAUGUCUGUCAUACAGGUGUACUAUCAUGAAAAGUUAGCAGUUGUUGCCCAUUUAAUUGAUCUUGAUCAACUGCCAGCUUCAACACAGCUUGCUUAUCCAGAAUCAUAUCCCUGCUUCACUCCUUCAUCUGGAGAAAGAGCACUGCUCGUAAAAAAUCACACAGGUGAUUGGGCUAUUAUUAUUGGAAAAUGGGCCGGUUUAAAGAAAGGUGUACCAGGUAUUCCAGGUACAAGGACGACCAAAGGAGUUAAAGGUGUCAAAGGAAGCCCUGGACAUUUGGCAGUCAGCAUUUUUUAUCUUCAUAAAAAGUCCAUUAAAAAAUUCAGCAUACCUUACGAGAGAAAGAACUAUGAACUGAACAUUUAUCCACUACUGGCCAAUCUCUUUAGUGGACAUAUUAACAUCAAGUUAGAUGACAAGCUUGAGGUAGCCGAGCACAUCGCUGUGGCCUUUGCAGUCGGAUUGCUUCAUGUCCUCUGUCAACCUCACCCGAAAGGAUGGAACCCUCAACUUGCUGCAGUAUCUUCACAAAACUCAGCGAAAAUUUCACAGGAAUUCGUGCCUUCUGAAAACAUGGUUUUGGUUCAAGCUGGUGGUUAUCAUGUAGACACACCUUCAAACUAUUAUUACUCUCAGAACAAUGUGUCUUGUAUGUCAGCUGGCUGUGGAUGUGGAGAUCUUGGAAUUAGCGACCUUGGCUGCAUUGAUGGAUCAGGCGGUUGUGGUGGGUGUGGUGGAUGUGGCGGUUGUGGUGGGUGUGGGGGCUGUGGAGGCUGUGGUGGUGGUUGUGGUGGUGGCUGUGGAGGAUGUGGGGGGUGAACGGUGUAAAGCAUGCUUAUCACUUACAAUCAGAACAUCACAUAAAUAUGUCAACACAUAUGUACACACACAUACACACUUUCACGUAUAUAGAAGUAUAUACACAAUAUGUGUGAAGAGCAUUAUGUUAUUUACAUUUUCCUAUAUGUACGUUUUGGUGAAUGUACGCGUGAUCUAGGAAUCUCAUAUCUCUAUGAAUGGACUUAUGUUUACAUACGCACAACAUGCACGCACACACACACACACACAUAUGAGGAUGAAUGAUCGAUUUAGUUAACAAUGAAGUUUGUAAAUGCCAAUAACAACAUAUUUCCAAAAUUGCACUUAAGAUUUAUUCUGAGAUCAUGCAAUCCUGAAAUACUUAUAUUUUGUUAGUUUACCGUUUACCAUCUUCUAGGUAUUUAUUUCCAAACAGCAGUAAAGUCUCUGCAAUGUCUUUUCAUUUUUACUGUAGUGAUUCUACCUAAGAAAUGAAUGCAAAGAAACCAUCCAACGUUUCUGCAUAACACUUGUGACAUUCACUCUAAAGUGCAAUUAUGAUAAUUAGCAUUAAAGAGCAUAAAGGUUAAAAAUAGAAUUAUUUUUGCUAAAGUUUUUCAUGUUUGCUCACUGAGUCAUUAAGGAGAUGAUAUAUUUGAUCGUUAAAUUGUUGUUGUUGUUAAGGUCCAUUUCAGCUCUGCUUGAGCAAACCUAUGAUCAAAGGCAUUCCAACUAUGACAUCCUGUCUUUUUAUAUAUACUGUAUUGCACACUAUGUAUCCUUCUCUAUGUAAAGCUGUGAGAUAAGAUGUGAUUCAAGAGAGAUUUCACUGCUAUUUCUAAAAUGUCAAGCAGCAUUGUAGAGGCUCAUUUACUUGUUAGGUUGUUAUUGUUGUCAUCAUCAUGAAUAUUGCAGCAACCACUGGCCUUAUUUGUCAUUUCCUUUCAAUUAUUAAAAUAUAUAUCAAUGUUUCUAAUUAGAUGUUAGUGUAAGCAGACAAAAACAGGUAUGAUUUGAUGUUUUAUUGGGAAUAACUUUUUCAAUCAUAUAGGAUGUCACAGGAUCUAUAAUGCUAUUAUUUUUGCGUAAGAAGAUCAUAUUGCAUUUGGAGUUACAGAAGGUCUUCAUGGCCUUUGUAGUUAUGUGCCUUGUGGGAAUGGAUUAGCUUUAAAUUGUCAUUAAGACACUUUUUGUACCACCCUUAAAGUCUGCAAUUCUCAUCCAAACAGCUGAUAGCUCCUCACUUAUGCCUUAUUCUUCCCAAAGUUUAAAACUAAGGCUGUUCAUGGGGCCUAUCUGUAAGUGACUUUGAAUGAAAAUUGGAUUCUUUUUCUUCUUCUUUAUAGUUUAGUCUCUUUUGAAGUAAGGAUCAUCAUUGUUUAACUUCUACUUUCCAUGCUAGCA